AUGCUUCCACGCACCAAGUACAACCGCUUCAGGAAUGACUCGGUGACAUCGGUCGAUGACCUUCUGCACAACCUGUCGGUGAGCGGCGGUGGCAAGGUCUCGGCGGCGCGCGCGGCCCCGGCGGCGGCCCCCUACCUGGUGUCCGGAGAAGCGCUGCGCAGGGCGCCCGACGAUGGGCCGGGCAGCCUGGGCCAUCUGCUCCACAAGGUGUCCCACCUGAAACUCUCCAGCUCGGGCCUCCGCGGCCUGUCGGCGGCCAGGGAGCGGGCGGGCGCGCGGCUCUCGGGCAGCUGCAGCGCGCCCAGCCUGGCCGCCCCGGACGGCAGCGCGCCCCCCGGCCCCCGCGCCCCGGCCAUGCGCGCCGCCAGGAAGGGCCGACCCGGCGACGAGCCGCCGCCCCGCGCCCCGCACGCCAGCGACCAGGUGCUGGGGGCAGGAGUCACCUACGUCGUCAAGUAUCUGGGGUGCAUUGAAGUUCUUCGUUCAAUGAGGUCACUUGACUUCAGUACAAGGACACAAAUUACCAGGGAAGCCAUCAGCCGGGUUUGUGAAGCUGUCCCUGGAUCCAAGGGAGCCUUCAGGAAGAGAAAGCCUCCAAGCAAAAUGUUGUCCAGCAUCUUAGGCAAGAGCAACCUCCAGUUUGCAGGCAUGAGCAUUUCCCUGACUAUUUCCACCGCCAGCCUGAACCUGCGGACGCCGGACUCCAAACAGAUUAUAGCGAAUCAUCACAUGCAGUCCAUCUCCUUUGCCUCCGGGGGAGACCCGGACACAACAGACUACGUUGCGUACGUUGCUAAGGACCCUGUUAAUCGCAGAGCUUGUCACAUUCUGGAGUGUUGUGAUGGGCUGGCCCAGGAUGUCAUUGGCUCCAUCGGACAAGCCUUUGAGCUCCGGUUUAAGCAGUAUUUGCAGUGUCCUUCCAAGAUCGCUGCUCUUCAUGACCGAAUGCAGAGUCUAGAUGAGCCGUGGACUGAAGAGGAGAGUGAUGGGUCAGAUCACCCGUAUUACAACAGUGUUCCAAGCAAGACACCUCCUCCAGGGGGGUUUGCCGAUGCUCGCCUGAAAGCCAGACCCCAUGGUCCUGACACAGUCCAGUUUGCAGGAAAAGAGCAAACUUACUACCAGGGGAGACACUUAGGAGACCCGUUUGGUGAAGACUGGCAGCCUACACCUGUCAGGCAAGGAUCCUUGGACAUCUACAGCAUGCCUGAAGGGAAAUCACAUGUGGCUCCUACGGGAGAAGCUCCCACCUAUGUCAAUACCCAGCGUAUCCCCCAGCAGACGGGGCCGGCCACGGGCAGCAGUGCAGAAAGCAGCCCUCGGAAAGACCUCUUUGACAUGAAGCCUUUUGAAGAUGCCCUCAAGAUUCAGUCCUUGGGGCCUGUGUUGAGCAAGGCAGCCUCCAUGGAGUGCAUCAGCCCCGUCUCACCCAGAGUGCCAGAUGCCAAGAUGCUGGAAGAACUGAAAGCAGAGCCUUGGUAUCAAGGGGAGAUGAGCAGGAAGGAGGCAGAGGGGCUGCUAAAGAGAGAUGGAGACUUCUUGGUCAGGAAGAGUACCACCAACCCGGGCUCCUUCGUCCUCACUGGCAUGCACAACGGCCAGGCCAAACACUUGCUGCUCGUGGACCCAGAAGGCACG